AUGGCUGACAGCCAGCCUGCUAGUCCGCAGCAUAAGAAUGAGCAAGAGUUUUUGCGUACGAUCGACUCAUAUUACCAGCCGGGAAGCGACCCUGGCGGCGAUGAGGAAAGACGCAUCAGCGACAAGACCAACCUCGUUGCUGAAGCCAAAGAAGACAAGGAGGAAAAUGAGGACUCGCCCUUCGAGGUGGUUCGGACAGCUGUGUCCAACAAGGAUGAUCCCACCCUGCCAUGCCUGACGUUUCGCUCAUGGAUAUUGGGAUUGUUCUUCUGCAUGAGCCUGGCCUUUGUCAAUCAGUUUUACUGGUUUCGCGAAAACUCUCUCUCCCUGAACGGCUAUGUCGUCCAGCUGCUGUCGUUUCCGCUGGGAUACCUCAUGGCGCUGCUUCUUCCGGACAAAAAGUUCUGCACAUUUGGCUGGGAGUGGACGCUGAAUCCAGGGCCGUUCAACAUCAAGGAGCACGUCAUUAUUUCGAUUUUUGCCGGCACAAGCGUCGGCACGGCCUACGGCAUUGACGUGGUGACCAUCAAGCGCGUGUGGUACAAGAGCGAUUUGGGGUUUGGCCCGUCGGUCCUUUUUCUUUUGACGUCGCAGAUCAUGGGCUACAGCUUUGCCGGGCUCUCGCGCAAGGUCCUGGUGUAUCCGGCGGCGAUGAUCUGGCCUGCCAAUCUGAUCAGCGUCACGCUGUUCCGCACUUUCCACGAGACCCGGAAUUUUGGUGGUCGAUUCUCGCGCACGCAGAUAUUCUGGAUCUGCUUUGGCGCCAGUUUCUUCUGGUACUUUGUGCCCGGCGUUAUUUUCCCGGCGCUGGGAUUUCUGUCGCUGCUUUGCUUUGUCGCCCCCACCAACGUCAUUGCCAACCAGCUAGGCGAUGCGUUCAAUGGCGUCGGCAUUCUGAAUUUCAGCCUGGACUGGUCGUACAUUUCGUCGGCGUACACGCAGUCCCCAAUUGCCGUGCCAUGGAUAUACGCGUGCAAUAUCUUUGUGGGCUUUGUCAUCAUCAUGUGGAUUGCCACGCCCAUCGGCUACUACAGCAACACGUGGAACACGGGCAUCAUGCCGAUCUACACGGCCUCGCUGUACCAGACCAACGGCUCCAGAUUCGACAUCCACAGGGUGAUGACUGACCAGAACCUGCUUGAUCCGGUCAAGUACGCCAGCUACGGCCCGCUGCGUAUGACAUACACGUUUGCCAUGACAUAUGGGCUUGGCUUUGCUGGGCUUAUCAACCUCAUUGUCUAUGCCAUGCUUUACUACGGCAAGGACAUGGUCCAGCGCGUCCGCCAGGUCCGCACCAUGGACGAGGACAUCCAUAUGAAGCUGAUGCGCAGCUACAAGGAGGUCCCGCACUGGUGGUACGCGGUCACGUUUGCCAUUACGUUUGUCGUGUCCAUUGUCACUUGCCAGGUAUUUAACCUCAUGCCCUGGUACUGGGUCAUUGUGGCAACGGUCCUGCCGCUGAUUUUCAUUUUUCCUGUGGGCAUUAUCCAGGCCAUCUCAAACCAGCAGCCCGGACUUAAUAUCAUCACCGAGUUUAUCAUUGGCUACGCGAUGCCCGGCAACCCGAUCGCCAACGUGACGUUCAAGGUGUACGGGUACAUUACCAUGGUGCAAGCGUUGGCGCUGGUCAACGACCAGAAGCUCGGCCACUACAUGAAAAUUCCGCCGCGCCACCUGUUUAUCGCGCAACUCGUGGGCACCAUUAUCUGCGCUUUUGUGCAGCUCGGCGUGUCGUAUUGGCUUUUAGAGACAGUCGAGAAUAUGUGCACAGAGGAAGGGUAUCCGUUUACAUGCAUUCAGGCCAAUACGUUUUUCUCGGCAUCCGUCAUCUGGGGUCUGGUCGGUCCCGAGCGCAUGUUUGGGUCGUCCAGCCCGUACCACCCGAUGCUGUACCUGUUUUUGUUUGGCCUUUUACUGCCGCUGCCUGUCUGGAUGUGGCAGAAGAGGUAUCCUGAUAGCUGGGCCAAGCAUGUCCACACGCCGCUGCUGUUCAUUGCCAGCGGAUACAUGCCGCCUGCUCCGUCCCACGUGUACACCAACUGGUUUAUUGGGUGCUUUUUCUUUAAUUAUCUGUGGCACAAGUACCGCAAUGACCAGUGGAACCGGUAUGCGUUCUCGCUGUCAGCGGGUCUCGACUGCGGGCUGGCCAUCUCUGGCAUCGUCACAUAUUUUGCCUUUAUGAAUGUAACCAUCCCAGACUGGUGGGGGUUGAAAACUCACCACUGCCCGCUGGCAGUCCACGGCUACUUGUCCCAGCCUCAAUAA